UUUAUUCGUUCUCUGAAGCCUGAGAAAAAAAAAAAAUCAAGAGCAGCCAUGGUUGAGUGGACUGAGCAGGAGCGCGCCAUCAUCACCAGCAUCUUCUCCAGCCUGGACUAUGACGAUAUCGGACCCAAAGCCCUGAGCAGGUGUCUGAUCGUCUACCCCUGGACCCAGAGGUACUUCGGCUCCUUCGGCAACCUCUACAACGCCGAGGCCAUCAAGACCAACCCGGCCAUCGCGGCCCACGGGAUCAAGGUGCUGCACGGCCUGGACCGCGCCGUCAAGAACAUGGACGACAUCAGAGGCACGUACGCCGAGCUGAGCGUCCUGCACUCCGAGAAGCUGCACGUGGACCCCGACAACUUCAGGCUCCUGGCUGACUGCCUGACCAUCGUCAUCGCCGCCAAAAUGGGAAACGGCUUCACUCCCGACAUCCAGUCCGCGUUUCAGAAGUUCCUGGCCGUGGUGGUGUCCGCUCUGGGAAGGCAGUACCACUAAGCCCCGCCGCCCCCGCACCUGGACACCCGGAGGAGAUCUCCAUAACGUCUGCUCACAUGUGUCAGGCCCAUGCGUCUCUUCCAUAAAUAAAUAAAAUUCAACUACA